AUGGAAUCUACAGAAGGAUUUAGUUAUCGUAUGGCUGUUAAAGUGAAUAUUGCUAUAUAUUAUAGCUGUAAUCAGUUUGUUUAUGUUAAUAAAAGAGUAGGAUAUGAAUUAUAUUACAAUUAUAAGAUAGAGGAAUAUUGGCGUACAAAUUGUACUAAAAAUAGAUAUUGUGAUAUAUAUUUCAAAGAGUAUAUAGAGCUUAAACAAAAACCAGAAGUUGAAAGUGAUAUUUAUACAAGACCUGAAGGUAUGUGUGUAACAGAACUUGCUCAACAUUAUAAACUCUUAUAG